UCAACGCAGUUUUGACCGCAAAUUAAUAAAUAAAAACGGAAAAUAAACAAAUUUCUUGUAAAUAAAAUAAUGUAAAUUUUUAACAAAAAAAAAAACACAAAUUCAUAACAAUGAGCGAUCUAAUAACUUGUUUCAAAAAACUAAGUGAAUUCUAUCAUCCAACAUUGUCAUGGGAAGAAAUCGAAGCAAUUUAUCUCAAAGUCGAAGAAGAAAAAGCUAACAAUCAAAAUGAUGGAACAGCUCCAAAAGGAGACACGGAUCCAUCUAAUCGUCGACCAAAAAAACCAAAUAGCAAAAAUCGAAGAAAAUCCUCUUCUUCCGAAUCUGGAAUUGAAGAUGAAGACGCUUCCACAAAAAAGUCACUUCUUAACAGCAUUCCAAUUAUUCAACAAGCCGAAAACGAUUCAAGUAUUCUUUCGGUUUUACUCGAACUCGCCACAACAAUUCGAGUAAUGCGCGAAUCUUCUAGCAGCUAUGACAACACUUUUGAUUGUUGGGAUCAAGUGAUUAAAGUCUCACCAAGAUCUCGUUAUUUGGCAUUUAUUUAUGCCUUAGUUGGCUUAGGGAAUUAUAAUCCCAAAUGUCGUCGCUACAGACAAUUGUCUUUAGCUGCGGCAAGUUUGUAUUUUCUAUCAUUGACAAUUGCCGGCGCCAAAGGAUUUCACAUCUUUGAAGAAGAGUUGAUAUCUGUGUCGUUGCAAGUGUUUAAUAUGAUGGAAAAGAUUCAAAGCCCUGGAGUGGCGAGGUGUUUGUCACAUCAACAUUCCACAGAAACGUGGGUCAAUUUCACUGUUUUCUGUGAUGAUUUGAAGUUAAUGUUUCGUUUUGUUCAUUUCGAUGAGUAUAAAACGGCUCGCGAUGCAAUUGUUCGGAAACUUCUUGAUAUGCAGUAUUUGAGUUAUGAAAAAGGAUUUGUUAAUAUUUAUGCUGCUAAUUUGCAUGGAAAGUAUUUUGAGAUCUUAGAAGAAGUUGUAAGUGCUCAUAAUGGCGAUCCCAAGGAAACUCUUCUCAAGAUCAUGAAUAUGACAUUGUUCUUGCAUGUUUACAAUUCAAAACCAAAAGGUGGUUCUGCUUCAACAUCAUCGAGCAUGGAGACAAAUGGAUGUGAACACAUUUCUGAUUGGUUUAUUAAGAUCAUUGGAAAAUUUCCGAGAAUUGUUUCGGAAGUCUUGGAGUUUUAUAUACAAUGUGUGAUAACAAAUCCAGAAAAGGGCUGGAAAACGGAGCAAACCCAACGCGCUCUCGAUUAUGCUGCCAAAUAUGAUGCAGCUUUAUUUACCCGUUGCAAUGCAUCAAUUGUCGAUUUUCUAUCCGAAGCUGUCUACGCCGAUGAAGUAAGCAUUCGAUCUAGAGCUGUAGAUCUUUUUUCCAAAAUAAUUCUCCUCGAGUCCAAAGUCGAUUGGGAAAUGUUUCGUCAUCAAGUCUCAGAAACACCACGUGAAGUCUAUAUCAUUAAGGAACUCAUUGAUAGUAUAAGUGACACGAAUAAUAGUAUAAAAAUAAAAGCAAUACAAGCUAUCCAACAGGGACUCAUCAAGGGAUCACCAAAUACAAAAAAGAUACUCAUCGAAGGUAUAAAAUAUGCUCAAGUCAAUGAUUCUGAUGUUAAAUUGCCCGAUGAACCAAGAGCUUUAGAGAAUGAAAUACGUUAUAGCAAACCAAAGACUCCCGAUCCGGAGUACACCUUUACAGGUUUUGAAAUUGUCAUUUUGAGUUUUCUGCAUUUACCUGAACAAAUUUAUCCGCUAUUUUCGAAUCCCGUUUCGCAUUUGAGACGAGCUGCUGUUAUGUUUAUUGAAGCCAUUGUUAAAAUUAAUCCUUUGAUUAUAUUUAAUACAAAUUUUGUAAAGGAAACAUGCCAGCUCGUUAAUGAACCAACUCUAUUGGUUCGCAAACAAACCAUGAUUAUGGUUGACUCUAUUUUGGAAACAUAUCCCAAUUGCUAUCCAGUGAUAUUUGUGUGGUGUAAAAUAAUUACACCCAUGCUGCAGGACAGUGAUCCUAAAAAUAUAGAACUUGCUUUAGAGUGUUUCAGGAAGAGGGUGCUGGUAAAUAUAAAAGGCAUCGAUCAAACGAAUAAAGCUGAACAUUUUAUGCCAUGGGUGAUUAUACGGACAUUGCUGAUUACACAAUCCAGACUCUACUUGCAAUAUAGUUUUCACUUGGCACUGAAAAAGCAAAUGAUUAACCAACAAAUCAUCAGCACAAUCGAAUCUCAUAUCCUGGCUUCAAACUCUACCGAAGCAUGGAUACUUUUGAAUUUCAUCUGCGGUAAAAUUAAAAGUAAAGAACCAGAUUCCUUAAUCCAUUGUUUUAUCUCAUAUCAUUCGUCAAAAGAAUGGAACAAUGAACAAAAUCUCUUAAUAGCUCUGGAAGUUCUCAACACUUGUGCCAAAGAUUUCAGUUACUCAGCCUUAAAUAAUGUCUUCAAACAUUUAAUGCAGUCCAUCAAAUCGGGCAUGAUUAUUCCACCAGUAAUUGACAAAGCAUUUGAUUUCCUUGCCACCAUUGAUCAUCGGUCGCGUGAAAAUAAAAUAAGAUCAACACCAACUCAAGUACCUGAUACUCCAAACCAUGAAUGGGUCAUUGAACUUCAUAAUUUUUUGGAAGCAAAGCUUCUCGAAGAAAUGUCAAACUUUCCAGAAAAUCGAUCCGUUUACAUGUCACAUUUGUAUUCAUAUUCAGAAGCCAAUUUGGAAAUCAAACAACGCCCCCAUCCUACCAUAGUCUUAUUCAUCCACAAAUACAUUUUAGCUUGUGUAAAUCUUCCCGAAUCCGAACUUGAAACCGAUAACGAUCGAAUUUUCAAUUCGAUGAUCUUGAUUUCGGGGCGAUUUUCAAUUCGUGAUUCUAUAGUCGCUGGCCAAACAUGCAAUUUGUAUGGGAAAAUUCUUAAAGCUAUCGAUCGUCCACCGAUAGUCAAUACGAUUCUAGUAGCUGUUGCUGAUCUUUGCAAAAAACACACUCAAAUUGUUGAGACUAUACUGGAAAGGAUUUUAGAAAAACUCUCAUCACCGUUUCUGAUCAAUCGUUUGGAGACUUUUAAAAGUUUUGCCUCUCUCGUGCUUCAAGAUCAACUAAAGUUACGUGGAUCGUUGCUUUUGGCUAUGUUGGGUGUGAUAUUGGAUGAAAAUCAAGAUUUAUCUGACAAGGCGAUGGCAUUUUUUACCGAAUUUAUUGCUAGUAAAAACCCGGCUCUCUUUCAUAAAUGUUUGAUAGAGUGUCCGUUUGUAUUGAAUGAGUAUCCGAACUUUGAAGGAUUGGAUACUUUCACAGAAAAUAUGAUCAAAUCACCGCUCAAGGGUGAUGAUAAACGAAAGACUCGCAACAAAUUGUAUGAUCAUUUUAUGCAGAGCAUUGAUGACGUGCAUUUGAUUAUGUAUUUCAAUAAUUUGAAAAUACUUGCAGAAAAAUCUCAAAAUGACCAUCAUAUUGAAUCGCCUGAAGGAACUGCGUUGGUCAGUGAUAUUCUCUUUAUUCUAAAGCGAAUUUGCCAGAAGGAAAGAAAAGAAGUCGACCAUCAACAAGCCGAGGAUGGAAAUGAUGAGCAAGGAGAUAUUUCAGAAAAUCCUUCAGCUGAUCCUGCCCCAUCGACUAGUAAUGCUACCCCAGUUCAAGGCAAAGGAAGAGGAAAACGACGUCAUGUAGUUACAAUGGCUGAUGCUUUGACAACUUUGGAAAAAUCAAUUGUUCAUGUAAUAACAAUAUCAGAAAAUCUUUCCACUAAAAAUGAUUUAAUUAAAAAAUCUAUAGAUGAAUUAGCUAAAGCAUUGGCACAACAUUUUCCAAAUAUUAUUGAUUUUGCUCAACCAGCAGAAUUUUGGAAUAAAUAUCGUCAAAGUGUUAAAUUGACAUCGACACCAAAAAAGAGAAAACAUUCUACCACAGAAGAUCAGAGUGAAAAUGAUGAUGAUAAUGUUUCUUUUGUUGAUGAACAACAACAAGUUGAUGAAAAUAAUGAAUCAGGCCCAAGUAAAAGUCUAAAGAAAUGCUCUGAUAGGCUGGAAUAUAUGUUGUUGACUUAACAAUCAUAAAUUAAAUAUAACACUGUUUGGCAGAUAAAAAAAACUCGAAUAUAUAGUUUAUAUGUAUUUGAAAAUGUGUAAUUUAUAUUUUUGUAAAUUUAAGAUAUUAAUCAAAUUAAAAUUAGUAGAAAUAUUUACAUAAUUUAAAUUAAGCGUACUACAUAAUAUACUUAAAAUAAAUACCAUACUUGUUAUGUACAUAGUUGAA